AUGGAUAUGACUGUCACAGCCUGGGAGAUGGAGCUCACACCAACCGAUGAAAGUGAUCAACAGUUUACAGAGAACAUAGUCCUGGGUAUACUGACAGUCAUCUUGGCACUAGUGGGGCUGGCAGGGAAUGCAGUGGUGCUCUGGCUCCUGGGCUUCCGUAUGCGCAGAAAUGCCUUCUCUGUCUACAUCCUUAACCUGGCAGGGGCUGACUUCCUCUUCCUCUGCUGCCAUAUGAUAUUUUUCUUAGAUUCAAUUUUCAACUUAUAUUUUGUCAGUGAAGUAAUUAGCAGAUUUCUCUCGAUUGUGAUAAUGGUUGCCUACAUAUCAGGCCUGAGUUUUCUCAGUGCCAUCAGCACAGAGCGCUGCCUGUCUGUCUUGUGGCCCAUCUGGUACCGCUGCCACCGCCCCAGAAAACUAUCUACCAUCAUGUGUGCCCUGCUCUGGGCCCUGUCCCUGCUGCUGAGCAUGUUGGAAGGGUACUACUGUCGCUUCCUGGAUUGGGGAGUGUAUCAUGCUUGGUGUCAAGUGUUUUAUUUCAUCACUGUGGCAUGGCUGAUUUUGUUAUUUGUCCUUCUCUCUGGGUCCAGCCUGGCUCUGAUGACCAGACUGUUGUGUGGCUCCCACCGCGUGUCAUCCACCAGGCUCUACAUGACUGUGGUGCUCACGGUACUGGUCUUCUUGCUCUGUGGCCUGCCAAUUGGCAUCGAAUGGUUCCUUCAACUCUGGUUUACAGAUGAAUAUCCUGCCGUCGUUCAUCUUCACAUGAUUUUACUACUUCUGUCCUGUGUCAACAGCUGUGCCAACCCUAUAAUUUAUUUCUUCGUUGGCUCCUUCAGGCAGCAAUGGUGGAAGCAGAGACACACCCUGAGGCUGGUUCUCCAGAGGGCUCUGCAGGACACUCCUGAAGUGGGUGAACCUAGAGAAAGCCUUCCUGGGGAAGCCCUGGAAAUGUCGGGAAGCAGUCUGGGGCAGUGA